AUGCCUCAAAAAACAAACCAAAACCUCAUCCUUGGCAAUACAUCUAGACAUCUUUUCACCUAUCAACAAUGGCUGCCUUCCAAGUUUUUGCUCAAGGCCCAAUCCAAGUACGAGAUCCCUCUCUUGGGCAACAACAAUGUUUUCCUCGGCGACAUUUUCUCUUCGCAAGACAACAACCCGGCAGCGCCCAUGUCAGCUGGCCUCUUUCGAUUGAACAAUGGUGACCCUCUCACUUACGCAUACAAGUUUGACGAGAUGAAGGUCAUUCUCGAGGGCGAAUUUCACAUCUCCGAUACAACUGGCCAGGAAGUUGUGGCGCGCCCAGGAGAUAUUCUUUACAUUCCCAACGGAUCCACCUUGACCUUUACCACACCGGGCACCGGUCUUGCAUAUUACGUUGGGCAGAGAAAUGAGGGAGAGGCUUGA